GCUGACGCGUGUCCUGCCCCGCAGCGCUCCGGCGCCGGCAGCCGGCCAUGGCCUCCAAGCUGCUGCGGGCCGUGGUGCUCGGCCCCCCCGGCUCCGGCAAGGGCACGGUGUGCGAGAGGAUCGCCCGCAGCUUCGGGCUCCAGCACCUCUCCAGCGGGCAGUUCCUGCGGGAGAGCCUCGGCAGCGGCGGCGAAGCUGGAGUCCUGGCUCAGCAGUACCUGGAGAGAGGUCUCCUGGUGCCCGACCACGUCAUCACGCGCGUGAUGCUGACGGAGCUGGAGAAGCGGCGGGAGCAGCACUGGCUGCUCGAUGGUUUCCCUCGCACGCUGGGCCAGGCCAAGGCUCUGGAUGGGAUCUGCCAGCCGGACCUGGUGAUCAGCCUCAACAUCCCCUUCGAGACGCUCAAGGAUCGCCUGAGCGCCCGCUGGGUGCACCCCGCCAGCGGCAGGGUCUACAACAUGGACUUCAACCCUCCCCACACACAGGGUGUGGAUGACCUGACAGGAGAGCCCUUGGUGCAGCGGGAGGACGACAAGCCCGAGGCGGUGGCUGCGCGGCUCAGGAAGUACAAGGAUGCUGCCAAGCCCGUGAUUGAGCUCUACAAGAGCAGGGGCAUCCUUUACUCCUUCUCUGGCACAGAGACCAACAAGAUCUGGCCCUACGUGUACACCCUGCUGUCCAGCAGGAUCCCCCCCAUCCUCUCAGAGGAGGAGCACUGAACAGCUCGUGCCAAGGACCAGCAUUUCAUUCCCUCGUGGAUUUGCUUCCCAGUGCAGUGCCAGGGCUGUGCUGGGGUUGGGUGAUCGUGAGCUGGGUGAUGUUGGUGGAUACCAGGAUCAGAUCUGUGUUUAGAAGGUCAAGCCUGCUGGAAUAAGGGUUUUUUAUCCCCCUCUUUUGGGGCUGUGGAGUUUUCCUGCCCGUGGUCCAUCCUGGAUUGGUGAUGCUGACCAGGGCAUUGGUCACUCCAGGUUUACACAGCUUUGCCAUGGUGUCCUUGCCAUCCCUUUCCAGCCCCAAUCCCUGGCUGAGCCCACAUGUGCCAUCCUGUUGCUUCACAGGACUGUUUACUGCUGAGGACUCUCUAGGCUGAGGUGGUUUUUUUGGUUUUUUUCUAUAAAUUAUUUUCUAUUAAAUGUAUUUCUCAGCCAAAAAGCAACACUUAGCCCAGUGGCAAUUUGGGGAGCAACGUGGAAAAUGUGUGUGCUCCAAAGCUGAGAGGUGUGAGGCUCACAUUUCCAGCAUUAACACACAUAAAUGAGGCAAAACAUUGGAGGUGAAAAACUCCCCUGUGCCCUUUCAUAGGGAGAGCAGAAUUCCCUGUUAGAAAAAGCUGCUGUGCAGGUUUUUAUGGAAUCUGUGACUGAGCAGGAUCUGGGCUGGGGAUGAGUUGCACUCCUUUGUGCUUUCCUGGUUUAUAGCUUUUAAUACCACCAGAUAGCAAUGUCCUGAGAGUUUCUCCCAAAGAUUUAUCUCCACUUCAGUUUUGGGUAGAAAUCAGCUCAUUCCAUCCUCUGUGCUGCCUUUGUCCCCUGGCCUGGGGGUCCCUCAGCUGUUCCUGCUGCGUUCCCCAGAGAAGUGACUCCCUCCCCACGAAAUCCCUGAGAUCUUUCCUUCCUUGGGCUGCAUCCAGGGCCAUGGCCAGGUGCUUUCCCAUGAUUUACAGCAUCCCUGGAUUGUGUUGGGGCUGGGCUUUUCUCAGCUGGAAGUACUGUCACCCUCUUUUUGUAGGAUGCAGUGACCAAGCAAUGGGGACAAUCCUUGUCUCCUCGAGUUGCCUUAUUUUAUAAACUAUAUAUUUAAGAAAACAAAAUAAAAUAAAAGCAAGAUGUGUAUUUGUAAAGGUUUAAAAACAAACAAACAGCCAAACAA